AUGGUGGCAACGUUCAAGAUCGCCGUGCUGGGAGCCCAGGGCGUGGGCAAGAGUGCCAUAGUCCGGCAGUUCCUCUACAACGAGUUCAGCGAGGUCUGCGUGCCCACCACGGCCCGCCGCGUCUACCUGCCCGCCGUCGUCAUGAACGGCCACGUCCACGACCUGCAGAUCAUGGACUUCCCCCCCAUCACCGCCUUCCCCGUCAACACCCUGCAGGAGUGGGCGGACGUGUGUUGCAGGGGGCUCCGGAGCGUCCAUGCCUACAUCCUGGUCUAUGACAUCUGUUGCUUUGACAGCUUCGAGUACAUCAAAACCAUCCGCCAGCAGAUCCUGGAAACGAGGGUCAUCGGCACUUCGGAGACGCCCAUCAUCAUCGUGGGCAACAAGCGGGACCUGCAGCGGGGCCGGGUGAUCCCGCGCUGGAACGUCUCCAACCUGGUGAAGAAGACGUGGAAGUGCGGCUACAUCGAGUGCUCGGCCAAGUACAACUGGCACAUCCUGCUGCUCUUCAGCGAGCUCCUGAAGAGCGUGGGCUGCGCCCGCUGCAAGCACGUCCACACCACCAUCCGCUUCCAGGGUGCCCUGCGCAGGAACCGAUGCACCAUCAUGUGAGCCCCCCCCUGCCCC